AUGAAUUCAAUGGAGCGACAAGUUGCUGAUGGCCACUUCACUUAUGAAAAAAAUAAGAAUUGUAACAUUCGAGGUAGAGGCUACUUCGGACGCAUUAAUGGCAAUAGCAAUUCCGACAUAAGGUGUGAAGAAACCUCUGUCGAAUUGCUAAAUAAUCGUAACAUGAGAGUGGACGUACGCAAAUCUAUUGUUACAGCAAUCGAUGAGUCGAAUUCAGUACUGUCAGCUAUAUCAAGCACUUUGAAGAUGAAGUCGAAUAAAAAUGUCCAAAUACAUGCAGAAGAUGCAUGGUGCAAUUUUGAAGAGAAUAGUAAUUUGAAUUACAAAGGUAAGGGCGACGCUAAUGUAUUUUUUCGCAAUUUGUUGGAAAUAAGAACAGCAAAUUUAUGGGACAAGACAAUCGAAUAUUGGCCUUCGACAACAAAAACAUUUUGGUUGAGUAUGACAAUAAUGACCUAGAUAUAUCUGGAACGAGAAACCACAACGUUCGACCAGCUCCAACUGGAUCGAAUAAAAACAGCUUUACGAUUAAAAGUAGUGGUACGAACAGCAUUCAGUUUGUCGUAGAAUAUGUUGGCUCUUCAGUAAUAAAUGGAUCAGACUAUCAGCUCGGAAAAAUUAAAUUUAAUACUGAAACGAGUACUAACAAGGUCAAUGUGACCCUGCACGAAGCCGACGACAUAAUUUACUCAGCCGAAGCCUUCACACCGGAUAAAAUCAUCAUACAGGCAGAGAGUAAUGGUACUACCCAAAGACUGGAAUUGAGAGGAGAGCGAGUAGAAGCAGUUCAUUUGAAUUCCUAUAAUAUUUUUGUUAACUCUGGCUAAAUAAUGUGGAAAUUAAAAU